AUGGCGCACGCCAGCACAGCGGCAGCCGAAGAUUCCUGUCCGCUGUUGCUAGGAAAAAACAAGCUGCCGCGACACCGUGAGGCAGACACGUCGGAGGGACGGGUCGUAGAACGCAUCGCAGAUUUUCAAGGGCCUGGAGGAAUCAUUGACUUGGUCUACUCUGCUGUUUUCACUCGAGGAAUUGAGAAGGUCAAGCAGGAGUGUCUCCUUGAGGCUGGAGAGCUCCCUUUGGUCCCAAGGAACUUUGACUGCUGGCUUUGCAGUACUGAGCUGCUCUCAUUGCUGAUGAGGGGCUCUGCAUUGGGAAAUGUUGGUGCACAUACUGCAGAAGGAAGUCCGAACACAACAUGGGAUGGACACAAUACCAUCGGUCUUCUCUCCAAGAGUGAGAAGGACAAGGGUGUUCCAAUAGCUGAUGCCUUGAAGAAUCCAUUGACUCCAGUGUGGAUUCUUCAUGGUGGAGACCAUUUCACAGUCGCAUGGUGUUCGGCUGCUACGCCCGCAGAACCUGGGAGCAAGUUCCUGCUACACCACUGGAAUGGUUUGCCGCCAGGAGGGCCACGUCUUGCAGAUUUGGAAAUUACAGCGAUCAAGGGAGCGAUAUCGCAUGGCACUUCGCCAUCCAAAUUCUACAAACCAGAGCCAGGCGAGAUUGAAGAGGUUGUUCAGGCAGAUCCUGAUGACAAGACAGAUUUCCCUGGCCAAUACCGAAAAUGGCGCUAUGAGGUAAUGCUGGCCUUUGACCGUCCUGACCUUCAAGGUGAACAACGACCAGUGGAUGCCCUGCCAGAGCCAAAGUUCCAACAGGAGGACCCGCGAUACCAGCGACCUGGUGCCUGGAGAUGUUGCCUAUGCUAUGAUAGGAGGUUCAAAACCAUGGACUUCAGUUUGGUACCAGCUGACAGUCCUGAUUGGUGCCAAAAAUGUUCAAGAUCGCGGAAAGAGUGUGGUUGGUCACUUUGGAUACCUUUUGCUGAAUUGCCGCCAAAACGACAGGCAUGGUGCAUGUCGCAGUACGCUAAAAAGAUUGAGCCCCUACUGUGGACAAAAUGGCCAGAAGCGGAGAUUUUGGAGGUCAGUGGUCGGGAACUUCCUGACUGCUAGUGUUGCUAGUGCCUUCCUGUGCUGCUAGUGACCGUGGCACUGCCAGACUUUAGCCAUCUUUAGCCAAUGUACAGGUCUCGGGCCAGCUUAAAA